GCCUGACGACAUGAACGAGCUUGCUGGCGGACUCUACCGAGGUGAUCGGGUCCUGUGCAAUGGGCGAGCCGGGAUGGUAUUUGGCAAGCCUGCGCGGGCUGCUUGCGUCCGGAUCUCCGUGUCUGUGAUGUACGAAGAUGGGACAGUCAAGGACGAGAGGGUGGCUAAUCUACAGCUUCUUGAGGACGUGCUUGAGGACGAGCCGAGGGAAGAGGAACCGCCUCUUCAAGUUCAGGAGGAGCCCAUAGAGCUUCCGCCAGCAAGAGCACAGGUUCCGAAUCUCUUCCAGGAUUCUGCUCCUCCCGAGCCGGACGUCGACGAGACGGUGAUGCAGCCGGAGCUCCCGAAGGAGUUCGUGCCAGCCAGGGUAGGAUGCAUCGGAGCAGUGCCAGCUCUGCCUGCUGCAGGCCGGCCGGUGAUACCCAAGAUCGCUGGCAUCAGCCGCCGACCGGAGCCCCUGGACACGGUGGAUCCUGAGCCUCCAGCAGCGGAGGCCGAGCCGGACCUCUCGGCUACGCUGGAGGCGCCACGGCAGCUUUUCGAGACCCCUGAACCUGCAGACAGCAAG